UCUCUUUUCCAUCACUUCCUGUGUCCUAAUCCCCUUUCUCUCUUUUCCAUCACUUCCUGUGUCCUAAUCCCCUUUCUCUCUUUUCCAUUACUCCUGUUUUCACACUCUUUACAUUCUUUGUCUCAUCUUUUACCUUUUUAUCCUCCUCCACACCUUUCUCCUUCCCUACAUGCUUAUUCUAUAUUCCUCCAGUUCACAAUAUUCUCCCUCCUCCUUCCAACAGACUUCAUCUCUCGUCGUCAUACCCUCCUCCUCUUUUCACCACUGUCACAAUAUCUCCUCCUCCAAACACUCCCAUAUCUACAGAUCCUCCUCCCUAUCAGCUGUUCUCACUUACAAGUUUCAUUUUCAGUUCCUAGUACCUAUUUCUUCCAGAACAAAACACACUGCAGUUUUUUUUUUCUGUCUGCAGUUCUCUCCCUGCUUUCCUCUGGUCACAUCUAACAAUCCUUUUGCUUUUGUCUCCCAGGAGCUCCCUGACAAUGUCAGAUACAGGUGUGUCUCCAGAUACCCUUCUGGAUGAGGGUGAUCUGAUUUGUUGCAUCUGUCUGGAACUGUUCACAAACCCUCUAACACUCUCAUGUGGGCACAGCUGUUGCCAAAAGUGUAUUCAUGAGCACUUUGAUCAAGAGGAAGGUAACCGGACAAUUUGCACCUGCCCUGAAUGUCGUAAGGAAUUCCCGCAGCGUCCUGAGCCUUCCAGGAAUGUGAUCCUCUGUGCUAUUGUGGAAAAGUUGAAGAAGUCAGGAAAGCAGAGACAUCCUAAGAGUCCAGUCCUACUGAAGAGCCAGACUACUGUUCCUGGAACACUGUGUUCUCGGCACAACCACCCACUGGACAUGUUCUGCUGCUCUGAGAAGAGAUGUAUAUGUCGGGAGUGCAUUGUGAAGGAAUGUCAUACUCACAGUAACAUGCUGAUGCUCAUUGAAGCCAAAAGGCAACAGGAACAGGAGCAGCUCUGCCAAGCACAGGACGUAAACACCAACUCGAUAAAACAAACAGAAGAGAAAAUCACAAAACACGAGCAGCUUGGGCAAAAGAUAAAGGCAACGUGUGAUAAACUGGUGUCAGGAACUGAGGCCGAGUUUGACCAGCUGAGCAGAAUCCUGGAGGAAUGUCGCUUGCUAACUAAACAGGCGAUAAAGCAGGAGGAGGUGACAUCUUUAGGGCGGGUGGAGGAAAGCCUAGGACAGCUGAGGAGUUAUCUGACAACGUUACAGCAAUUCAGUCAAGAGGUGAAACAGCUACUCCAGAAUCCGGAUCAUGCCAUUUUCUUGCAGCAACUGGCUCUUCUUGCCUCACCUGAGUCGGCUCCGACAUUACCAGACAUCCCGUUUUGUUGCUCUGCGCAAGUGGAAGCAGUGACCAGGAUCCUGCCGGAGGUCAAACGCCUUCUCCAGGUGGAACUACCUAACGCAUUGCACCCAUGUAUGCCAGAGACUGAGGCCAAAGACACCAGAGGAGCAGGAACUAGCACAAGGCCAAAGCAGAGAAGUGAUCCUUACGUCAUGAGUGAAAUGAGAUCCCAACUUUUUAAAGAGUACCAUAACUUGACCUUUGACAUACAAAGCGCCAACAAAUAUAUCCAAGUGUCACGUAAUGGUUGUGAAGCAAACCACACCCGGAUAUCAGUACAUAAUGUCCCUGAGCUUCAGGAACAAUUCAACAAUUGGCAGGUCAUGUGUACAGAUGGAUUCCACCAAGGUCGCCAUUACUGGGAAGUGGAAAUCUCUGAUUUUUUUGUGCAUGUUGGGGUGGCAUAUGGAUCCCUGUCUCGUAACGGAGGCGACGAAAAUAAAAUAGGACACAACCGGUUUUCCUGGAGCCUGCAAAUACUCAGCACCCGCCACUCAGUCUGGCACGACAACAAAGAGGAGAAGUUGCAGAUGCCCAAAUAUAAGAAAAUUGGAGUCAGUCUGGAUUAUAAUGCCGGCAGCCUAAUUUAUUAUGGCAUUAAAGAUGGUAAACUCAAUCUCCUCCACUCCUUCAGUUGCACCUUCUCAGAGGUGAUAUAUCCCAUCUUUUGGAUUGGAGAGGGUGCCUCUGUUGUACUGUGCCAAGUUUCUUAGCCCCCAUGUUUAGCCACUGCUCCUGAUGAUGCUCGGUAGAGCUGUUCUUGCGAUGCACCUGUGCUUCACCGUAAAGAUGCUGAUUGAUGCGUGAGCUCAUACUUUGCACUAAUGCAGAGACUUAUUCUCCAGUAAACUAAGUUAUCUCUGUCCCUAAACAAAUAUUUUUAAGAUGGUACCAGCAAAACAGCUCAAAUUCUUACUUAUGUCAUUUUAAACUAAGAAAAUUAAAUAAUAGAAAUUAAUUGGGAAAUUGUUUAAAAUUGUAAUCUCUGGGCCGAUUUUACUACUGCCCGAAUGGUGGCUAAUCCGCCGGAAACAGGAGUUAAGAAGCAGUGGUCUUAAGAACGCUGCUCCUUAAUUCGUAAGCCUCCUCUGAGGCUGCGGACAUCAAUCUGCCCAAUCGUGUAUGAUCGGGUUGAUUGGCACCACCUGCUAGCAGCCGAUUGGCCGCAAAUCUACAGGGGGCGGCAUUGCACAAGCAGUUCACCAGAACUGCUUGUGCAAUGUUAAAUACCUACAGCGUAUGCUGGCGGCAUUCAGCGAUGUCUGGCGGACAUGAUACGCUACAGCGGAUCAUGUCCGCCAGACAUUGAUAAAUCGGCCCCUCUAUCUGAAUCAUGAAAGAAACAUAUUGGGUUUUAUAUCCCUUUAAUACCCUGAUAGAAAAUACAUGAAUAUGAAAACAGAGGGGAUUGUAAAACACAAUGCGCUGAAAGCAGAGUAAUCUGAUUUGUAUUGGUAGCGGGAUUUCAUUUUUUAAUUGUGCUCCCUGACAAAUUUGCUCUCCCUUAGCAAAGUUUAUUUUUACUUUACUUUCUGAGGGACACUAAACUCAAAUUUUUUCUUUCAUGAUUCAGAUAGAGCAGAAAUGUUAAGCAAUUUUCUAAGUUACUCCUACUAUCAGUUUUUCUUCGUUCUCUUGAUAUCUUUAUUUAAAAAGCAGGAAUGUAAAGCUUAGGAGCCUGCCUCUUUUUGGUUCAGCACUCUGGAUAGUGCUUGCUUAUUGGUGACUACUUUCAGCCAACCAAUAAGCAAGCAUAACCCAGGUUCUGAACCAAAAAUGGGCCGGCUCCUAAGCUCUUCCUGCUCUUUAAAUAAAGAUAGCAAAAGAACGAAGAAAAAUUGAUAAUAAGAGUAAAUUAGAAAGUUGCUUAAAAUUGCUGCUUUAUCUGAAUCAUGAAGGAAAAAAUUUGGAUUUAGUGUCCCUUUAGAAACAUCUCACAACUCGCAGGGACAGGUGGUUUUUUAGAUCAUUCCCUGAGGGCAUGAUCUAAAAUAUAUCUGACCCUGUAACAUUUUGAUCAUCAGGACCUCAGUCUCCUUGUCAGCAACAAACGGACAUGAGGCUGAUACAGUUACACUGAUAAGCUGCAUUAGACAAAAAAAGUAGCAUGACUGUUACGUUGACAACUUGGUUUGUAAAAACAAAAUACAAAAAAAGUACUUUGUAUUUUCUUUAUUUAUAAGGGACAUAUACGUAUAUAAUUAGUACAGAAGUUUUAUGUAGUUUCAUUUAUGUUAUGCUCAGUCACUGGGGGGUAAGGUACGGCAAGACAUAGCGGUAAAUGUAAAGAUUUUAGAUUUAUGUUCUUGUAACACAACAGCAACACAGAGGUUUUGUAAAAACAAAGCAGAAGAUAUUUAUGUUUUUUUAACAUGCAACAUUGCUUUUUUUUUUUUACUGUUAUUAAUUUAAUACUUAAAGCAACUUUAUGUCCGGGAUAUAAAAAAUAUUUUAUUGUAUAUUAUUAAAAUGAUGAAUGUCA